AUGGAAUUAAUUACAGUAUCCGCCAAUGACAGAUGUGCGCCAUCCAAUGAACAUCCAGAAAACGUUCCCUCACAACCUUCCGAAUUGCUCUUCAUCGGUCGUUCGCCCUGCCAAUGUCUGUAUGCUCUUAUUGUGCUAACCAUGACUCCUACUGCCUUGAAUGGAGCUCUAAUGGAUAAUUCGCCCGGCGCACUUCUCUUUGUUGCACCGUUUACUUUGGCGUUCUAUGCGAAAGGGUCGAAUUCUUCCUCUCGUCUUUCUCGACGCCCUCGACCAAAGCAGGUAUUAUCGAAUCAUGGAACUUCGUCCCUUGUGCAACGGGUUCAACCGUUAGGGUGUCCGCAAACUGCAUUUCAAGUCGCAACGACGGCACAGCAACCGCAGGAGACAAUACCGACAACACUUCAUUACACCGGUGAGCUUUCUGAACCGGACGUUCACGACGAGUCGCUCAACCUCCUCGAGUGGCCCCAAAUAUCCGCCCAUGUGCUAAACUACGCGUCCACACCCCUCGGCCGAGCUGCGCUAUGCUCGUCAUCGUCAGGGUUGCACAUUCCGGAGACACGUGCAGCGAGUGAACGUCUACUUGCGGAGACUCGAGAAGUCUACCUCAUGGAGUACACUUUAUGCAAACCGCUCAACUUCUCUGGUGUACAUGAUGUCCUCCCUAUCGUUGGACUUGCGAUGAAAGGCCAAACACUACAGGGCAUGCAGCUUAUUAACGUGGCCGAAACGCUCGCGUCAGCACGCAAGAUACGCCGGCAUAUCGAGGGUGCCGCGUCGCCUAGUGCAACCGAGCACCCGCAAAACUUAUCCAUUCUCAAGGACAUGGUCUCUUCCUUCCGCACUUGGCCUGAAGCAGAAAAAGACAUCAAGAAAAGCAUUGACGAUUUUGGAGAUGUUGUCGAUUCUGCGGAUCCAGAGUUGCGAGGAAUCCGCAAUUCUUUGCGUGACGCAAUGACCGAAGUCCGAGGUAAACUCAACGACAUUAUGGCUCGUCAUAGCGACGCCAUUCAGGACCGCGUAAUCACAUCACGCUACGACCGCUUCGUGAUCCCCGUCAAGAUCUCGCGCAAGUCUGCAUUUAGACGCGGCACCGUACAUGAUGUCAGCGCAAGUGGAUUCACGGCCUACAUAGAGCCAGCUUCCGUUCGACCGCUAAACGACAGGUUGCGACAGCUCGCCGCAAAGGAAAAAGCAAGAGUCAACGCCAUUCUCCGUCGCCUUUCUGCCGAAGUCGUUGUCCCAAUUGCUGAAGACGUCCGUAAUUUGGGGCGAGUGCUGGCGCAUUUGGAUGCUGCCACAGCUCGCGCCCGUUGCUCGCGGUCUUUAGAUGCGGUUGACGUUGUCUUUGAUGACGAAAAGCCUUUGAGACUUCUUGGUGCGCGGCAUCCCUUACUUUCGUGGCAAGCUAUGGCAGAGCUCGAAAGCGGAAGGAAUGCUCAAGGCAACGGAAAAGCUCCCAAAACAUCCGAAGGCGAGCGAAAGGAGAGUGGGACGGCCAAUUACAAACAUUGUCUCUGA